GGUUCUCCAUAUCUUUUUGCGGAGAUUGCAUCGCUGCCUGUUGUACUGUAGAAUACCAUCCACAACACCGAACCCAGGGGAAAAAGGAGGAUCCCAGCAUAAUAAUUAUCACCAGGAUAAAUCAGGAUUGUCGAAUAUGGUUACGACGUUGAGCGACAAGAAAUUGAGCCCAGUCUUUGGAACCCUGGCAUUCGUUGGAGCCAUCUUGGCGUACUUCUACCAAGAUGCUGUCUCUAAUGGUGUCAAGAUAACAGUUCGUCGCUCCAUGUCAUGCACUGCCAAACGAGCCUUUCAGGCUGUCAGCGACUUCGAUGUCAUGCCAAAGAUUAGUUCCGAUAUUCUCAAGUACGACUUUGUCGAUGACCCACCCAUGCACUUGAAUAUGCGCUUUAGUGAAACCCGCAAAAUGGGUAGCAGCGAUGUGUUGGUGACCAAUUUGCAAGUCACAGAAUACGACAACAAUGACAAAAGCCCACAUGCUCGAAUGGUUGCGGAUACUCACGGUACCAUCUGGGAUACGACGUUUGAUGUCGUUCGCAACAACAGUAGUGGCGACCAGGAAGUGAUUUUGGAAAUAGCCAUGCAUGCUCGAGCUCAUCAACUCAUGCCCAAGCUAUUGAAUCCAAUUAUGCAAGUUUUGUUUCGGUUUGGCCUCAACUCGCAUAUUGAUCAGGUCAAGAUUUGGUGCGAAAAAGAGCAGCAAGAAAAAUAAAUCCACAGCGAACAGAACGCAUGAAGCACUUUUAAGAUAUCGCAGUGCGGCUCCUGUUUUAAUUAAAAGAGUACCCAGAACGGGAGACUAUCGGUAUUCCGUAUGCAUGCCCCAGAAACAAGUUGCCAGUGAAUAAUAAUACCGACUAUUCAAUCCGAUUUUAAUAGUUGUUGCUGCGGGUACCGUACAUGCAGACGAUGACAUGAACCACAGCCAGGCAAACACAAGAAGGAGCAACUUAUUAGGAACUACACACCCGAUGCCCUUGGAGAUUGUCGUGAGGAUCUGACCCCUCAUUGGCGCAGCAGACCAGCAGAUCAGACACUGCAAGGGAGUUUUAACGUUGUCGUCUACCACUUCUGGAGGCCGCCUUUUCCCAACCCCAGUUUCAGCCCCGGCCUGCACCUAUCAGCAUAGACUCGGCAUCGUAGAAGAUGGAAGCAGCGACAAAUCCCACAGCUUUCCACCAGUCUAGCGUGAGUUACUGAGAAACCUCAUCAUGAUGAAGGGCAACCCUUCCACGAGGCCACCCAAGCCCUCCUAGUGGGCUGGUACCGGUAUCUGGUACCGGUAUCUUUCCCGAUCGCCAUGGGUCUUGUUUUCUUGACCGCUUGCUGUUCUCUUGUGACACCCGCAUAGCCCUGGUUUGCAUUGGAAAGAUAGGCAUUCCACAGUAGACUCAAUGCAUUGUUAUAUAGGACUCUGUAUGGCAAAGGAACAAAGGCGAAGUUCAAGGUAUUGGCCAACGGCCAAAACGACCACGAUGCUUGGAGUGACGAGAACCACUUGCGCUGGAGCUUUUGUCCUACAUGGGAUCCCUCCAGCACCGAUCUCCAGAUAAAGUAUCCCGCAACGGCAAUAGGCGAGAAGAGAAUGGCAUCCAAAAGAAGUUUGGUGGCCAAGGUGGAAACCGACGACUUCAAGGGGAGUCGUUCUACA